UGUCAAAUCCCAAAACCAAAAAAGGAGGACAAACAGUUUUUCUGUGCAUGCAACAACGAAAAAAAAAAGUUGUAUUCGCGCUCCUCGAUGACCCUCUGGUGACCUGCUGGAGUAUUCGGGUUUGAAUCAAACAGUAGAACGGCAAGCACAAGCCACCAAAACCCCGCCAGCAAGCCAGCAGAAAAAGGAAAGUCUCAAGCACAAGGGUCAUCAGGUUUCCCGGGCGUUUUUCGCUGGUAAAACAAUAAGAAAAUGGUGCCAUAGACAGAAGGGCAGGAGAGAAGCGGUGAAUCUUAUUGGAACGGCGCGGCGAAGGCGAAUAUGAACGGUACGGCGGCCGCAGGACAAACGCGGGACGAUACCGGACCGACCAUGGAUGCGGUCGAAACGGUAACGCUGAUCAGCGACGAUUCGGACGUAGAAAUGACCGACAUCUCCGUGAAGCGUCCUAGCAAAUCCGAAUCCGACGAAGGACGACGUACGAGCCGCCGGAAAAAGGUGAAGGUAGAGUACGGGGAUAAUGGUGCAAAAACGAACGCUGGCGCUGGCCGUCCCGGGAGUGCCUGUGAGGGAGCCGAUGCGACCGGCGAUCGUAAGCACGAGCCGGGACCGAAACCGGAUCCUCCCACGCCGAAAUCGAAGAAACGUGAGCUGGAAGAAAAAUCAGCUACCGGCCCGGAUCCGAACCCGUACCAGGAGUUGAUGACGGGGUUGGAGGGUGCCGCCUUUCAGUCGCGACUUCCGGUCGAUAAGAUGACGGCUGCGGAAGCGGUCUGCUUUCCACACAUCAUCAAACACGGACUGGUUACGCAGCGCAUGUUUCUGAACGUGCGCAACCGCAUCCUGCAGAUGUGGAUCGAGGAACCGACGGUACAGCUAACGCCCGAGAACGCCCUGAAGAAGAUGGAAUCACCGUUCGACAGUGAUCCGGCGCUCGUGCGCAAGGUGCACGCCUUUCUCGAGCGGCAUGGGUUCAUAAAUUUCGGCAUUUUCGAGCGGCUUAAACCACUGCCGGUGAAAAAGCACGCGAAGGUGAUCGUCAUCGGGGCGGGCAUUUCGGGCCUGGCCGCCGCCCGCCAGUUGCAGCAGUUUGGGUUCGAUGUGAUCGUGCUGGAGGCAAGGGAUCGUGUUGGCGGGCGUAUUGCGACCUUCCGGAAGAAUGCUUACACGGCGGACCUUGGUGCGAUGGUAGUGACCGGCAUCUGGGGCAACCCGCUAACGAUACUGAGCAAACAGACCGGCAUGGAGAUGUGUCCAAUCAAGAGCACGUGUCCGCUGUACGGGGCGGGCGGGAAACCGGUGCCGAAGCACAAGGACGAUAUGGUGGAGCGGGAGUUUAACCGACUGCUGGAAGCCACCAGCUACCUUUCGCACCAGCUGGACUUUAACUACGCCGGCAAUCAUCCGGUUUCGCUCGGUCAGGCGCUCGAAUGGAUUAUCAAGCUGCAGGAGAAGCACGUGAAGGAGAAACAGGUUCAGCAUCUGGGCGGCAUCAUCGGCUGGCAGCAGAAGCUGCUGGCGAAUCAGCAGCAGCUCGUGGAAACGCUUGCCAGGAUAAGGGAUCUGAAGGCGAAAGCGCAACAUUUGAACGAUACCAAGCCACCGAAACCACCGCCACCGGUCAAGGAGGGUAGUGGUGGAGGUAGUGGUGGCGGAGGAGCGACACACGAUGCCUCAGGAGGUGACAGCGCAGCAACAAAGUACUUCGAGGUCGAGUUUCAGCUGCGUGUGACCGCGCGCGAGGAGCAACUGGCCUGGAAAGAGGUGGAACGGUUACAGGCGUACCAGACCGAGCUAGAGACAAAAGUGCGCGAGCUAGAAAACGAACAAGUGUCCGAGGUGUACCUUUCCUCCAAGGAUCGCCAGAUCCUCGACUGGCACUUUGCGAACCUGGAGUUUGCGAACGCAACUCCGCUCAGCAAUCUUUCCCUGAAGCACUGGGACCAGGACGAUGAUUUCGAGUUUAUCGGUAGCCACACGACGGUAAAGAAUGGAUACUCCUGCGUACCGAUCGCGCUCACCGAGAAUCUGGACGUGCGAGUCAACACGGCCGUCACCUGCAUCCGGUACCGGCCCGGCGGUGUCGAAGUGACGGCGGAUCUCAAAUCAAACAACUCCACCGUUUGCUAUCGGGCGGAUCUCGUUCUCUGCACGCUCACGCUCGGCAUCCUAAAGCUUGCCAUCGCCGACGAAUCGAAGCAGCUGAACACGGUCCGGUUCGAUCCACCACUGCCCGAGUGGAAGCAGUCCGCCAUCCGGCGGCUUGGCUUCGGCAACCUCAACAAGGUCGUGCUCUGUUUCGACCGCAUCUUCUGGGAUCCGAACACGAACCUGUUCGGGCACGUCGGCAGUACCACGGCCAGCCGCGGCGAGCUGUUCCUGUUCUGGAACAUCUCGCAAUCGCCAGUACUGCUGGCGCUAGUCGCCGGUCAAUCGGCUGCCAUCAUGGAGAACGUAUCGGACGACGUAAUCGUGGGCAGGUGCAUCGCGGUGCUGAAAGGUAUCUUCGGCAAUUCGGCCGUCCCACAGCCGAAGGAGACGGUCGUCACGCGAUGGCGAGCGGAUCCUUGGGCCCGUGGGUCGUACAGCUUCGUAUCGGUCGGAUCGUCGGGCAGCGACUACGAUCUGCUGGCCGCGCCGGUCACACCGAAAGCCCCCGAAGGAGAGGCACGUGCGAAACAACCUCCUCCACCUCCACCUCCUCCGCCACAGCAACAACAACAACAGCAACAAGCACAGCAACGCCAUGACAAAAACGGUGAAAAGAACGAGCCUGAGGACGAUGAUGACGUCGACAGCAAUCCGAUUGACAUUCCACGGCUAUUCUUUGCCGGCGAGCACACGAUCCGCAACUAUCCGGCCACGGUGCACGGUGCACUGCUGAGCGGGUUGCGGGAGGCGGGCCGGAUUGCCGAUUACUAUCUCGGCUUUCCCAACUGCUACCCGGAAGCGCCCAAGGAAGAAACGAAAAAGUGAUCCUCGUCGCAGUAAAAGACGCUCUUGCCGCACAAAAAGCACACACAGCAAAGGGGGUGGCGGAGAGGGGGGGGGGGAGUUCGGCCAUUUUUUUUCUUACUCAGUGCACCUUGAGACACAUUUACAUAUUACACAACACCACACAUUCUCUCAAACAUGCGUACACAUCACCAUUUAUCCCACCCCUCCGUUCGUGAAAGCUCCCAACCAAAUCUCCAUACCAAUGCUCCUCCUCCUCUCUCCAGGCAAUCCUGCCGAGUUUUUUUGUUGUAGAAAUUAACACCGGAACAAUUUUAGUAAAUAUUGGCAAUCACGAUCACAACAUUCGCUGCUCUGUGUGUUUGUAUUGCGUGUGUGUAAUGUGUGACCGAAUUGUUUAAGUGCACUCCCGGAGUACAACGGUAUUACACCUAGUAUGGUUCAUUAUUUCCGUCUGCCAUGUUCAAUAAUGUAGAUAAAUAAAAAUCGACAAAUCGCAACGUAAUGUAA